UGUUCGCGGUUUAUCAACUCAAUGAAAAGACAAGCGGGCAGAGCACUUAAGAAGUGCUACCCCAAACUCGUAUAAAAUCAGUUAACUGCCGGCACUGGAGCAAGCCACUUGGUUAGCCCAACUUUUUGUUUAUCGCGCCCUCGGAGAUAAAAGCCUAUAUAUUAUAACAGAGAUAUACCCCAUUUAACGAGAGCGGAACGAUGUCGAUGCACCAGCUGCUUCUGUACUCACUUUGCCUUUGGGCCGUGAUCGUGUUCUGUGCCCCAACGCCCAGUGAAUCGCGUCGCGUGAUCUUCCUGAAGCCGAAUGGCAUCCAUCGCGGCCAGAUCCUGGCCACCCACGGCAUGCAGAAGUCCUGCCCCCAGUGCCAUAUGAUCGAUCAUCGGGGCAACUGCCGGCGCAUCAUCGCCUACAAUGCAGAUGGCGUGCGCUGCUGAAAGUGAUCCGAAGUGAAUCCCAUCAUCGAACGAAUCUCGCCCUCUCUCAACACAACCCCUAUUUAUUUAUCCUAUUUAUCUGCCUCGCUCGCUAUACAUUUAAAUAAUAAAUCAACAAAGCCACUGUUCCAAUUGAAGUGUUUUUUGUUUUUGCGGAGUAAUAGAAGCUGAACUCCAUCAAAAGGCAUUUCGCCGCCUUUUCUUAUCAUUUAAAUGUGCCUUACGCAGGGGAUUUCUAUGAUAUCAGCAGCUACUCGAGUGGAAUCGGAAAUAUUUUAUUUAACAAUUAUAAUGCCUCGGGUAGCCAUGGAUGGCUAAUUAUCGGGGCAUUAAUCGGUCUCACCUGCAACAGGUGGUUGCCAGUGACUCUU